AUGCUUGCUGUUCAUCAAUGUCAUCGAAAUUGCACAGGAAUACCCGACGACGGGGUGAUCAGUUGCCGAUAUAGUCGCCCCUCAGAGUCUACCGCUCGAGUUGUCUACGCGUUGGGAAGUGCAUCGGCUAAUACGAGAGGGAAUUUCUGGUGCAUCUACCGUGGCAAGAGCUCUCCAAUCUUCACUCACAUACCUCUCAAGAAGAAAUCAGGUCGAGCAGGAGCCCUUUCCAGACAUAAAAAGCUCAAAUCAGCUGCACAGGCAAAGGCCAUGGAACAUCCAAACCCUGAUGGAGAUGCGGCCAAGUUGCAGGGCCUAGCUAAGGGUGGUCCCCGAGUUCCAGCGACAGAGACGUGCCUCUGUUUGAAGAGCCUCGCCGACACCUACCGUCCCCGACGUUUCGGAUUCACCAGAGGUGGCUAUAGCAGGGGCGACAGUUUCGGCGUUGACACUAUUGGCAACUGUGGCAGAAGCAAUGCACCCUGGGGCAGAAUGACAGCACAAGGGACCUUUAAACUACCCUUGACUGAACCGAUGCCGCGGCGCAAACCUCUCACUGCUCUUACCUACUUCCCCUCCUACCAUCAAGAGCCGCUCUGCUCUCCCUCCGACCCACCCCAACCCCCACUAGACGAAGUCAUCUAUGAUGAUGUUCACCAAUCCACUGUGUACUUAAACAAGGGAGAUAUAGCGUCGCAGCAGAAUCUGACCUCGGAGGACUGCCUCACGGGCUUGGCAGGCUCGCCUAAUAGCGGACAAAAUUACAUUGUUGACCAGAAUGGGAUGGUUUACUUGGCGAUGGGCCAUGUGUCUCAGACACCUCAGCUAUUGAGAUCCAACCUUGCGGCUUCGAGAGUGACUCUCACUACUUUUCAGCCGGAAAAUGGUUCCAAAUUGGAUCUUCAGAUUCAGGGACGACGCAAUUCGUCCCAUUCAGGGCAGUUCCCUCCACUAAAUAGCCCUUCGAUAAAUUGGGCAGUGCAAAGGGAGAGCAACGAUACCAUUCCAAAGACCUCUAAUAUUAAUCUGGAAGUGUCCGGUCUUCCACCGCAGCCACUUCGAACGGUCCCUUCACAGGGCAAAACAAAGACGCCGUCACUCCAAUCAAGUCUAAAUCCGCCGAUCCCUUUUGCUGAUCAAAUUAACAACAACGAUGACUUCGACGACCUGUUCGACAUGUCAAGGGACACGCUCCUGCCGCGUCGUCACAACGAGACCAAGGAACCCAGAACGGGGCCCCUGUGA